AUGAACACUGAUCAGCGACCCCCGAUGGGUGUUCCUCCUCAUCAACAAGCAGCACCACCUCGUCCGAUUAUACCAGCAACUGCAAAUGCUCCUGGUCCUCAUCCUCCUGCAAUGAAUGCUAGACCCAUGCCACACCAUCCAGCAGGUGCUAUACCUCCUCGGCCUGCUUAUGGUCAACCUUUACGUCCAAUGGUACGGCCCAUGCCACCACAACAACAACCUGGAGCUACUACUACGCCUGUAGCACCCUCCCCACCACCAGGAGCGCGUCCUAUGGGAUCUGUUCCUGCUCAGCAACAGCCAAUGCCUCAUAACGUAGCACCAACAGCAGCAGCACAAAGACCACCACCAUCCCCACAACCACUAGUAACUGCAAACAAUCUAGUAGCACCAAUGCAGAAUAUGCAUAUCCAACAACAGCAACAGCAACAGCAACAGCAGCAGCAACCAGGGGUGCAGAAACAUCCUCAUUCUCGACGUGUUUAUCCUCAAAUGCCAGCUAUGCCAUCAUCCUCACCACAAGCUCCAAUGCCACAACAGCAGCAGCAGCAGCAACAACAACAGCCAAUGGCAUCCCCUGCAUCCAAUGCUGCUUCACCACACACUCGAACAGCAUCCGCUGGUGUUGGUUAUACCCAAGGUCCUUACACUCACACUGGUCAACACCUACCACCUGAAUUACGUCCACCACAACAACCAAGACCAAGAAUUGAUCCAGAUCAAAUGCCUGCUCCUGUACAAGUGCGUGAACAAGAUCAAUUGGUCUUUGGUGAUAAGUUUUUUGGGACCAUUGAACGUGAUCGCGUCCCCUUGGCAACCACAAACUAUAUUGGAUUGGACCAAGGCAAUUGCAAUCCUCGUUAUAUGCGUGCCACGGUGGAUAAGAUUCCAUAUUCCAAGGACCUUGCCGAUUUAUCAAAGCUGCCUCUAGGCUUGGUUGUUCAACCUUUGGCUAAGCAGAAAAAGGAAGAGGUGUCGAUCCAAGUGGUUGAUCAUGGAGAAGAGGGGCCUGUUCGAUGCACUCGAUGUCGAGCUUAUAUCAAUCCAUGGUGUACUUUUACUCAAGGUGGAUCACGCUUCAUUUGCAACAUUUGCUCGCAUGUCAAUGAAGUUCCUUCAUGGUAUUUUGCCAAUAUCGACAUGUCAGGACGACGCGUGGAUGCUGAUCAGAAACCCGAAUUGAGAUAUGGCUCCGUGGAAUUUGCUGUGCCUGCUGAAUACAACUCGACACGUUCGCCCACUGCAUUGCAUUAUAUCUUUGCUAUUGAUGUCUCAGCUCAAGCAGUACAAAGUGGAAUGGUUCAAGCUUGCUGUGAUGCACUGGAAAAGACGCUCUUUGCCAAUGGUACAAGCCGUUUACCUGCUGGUGUCAAGGUUGGCAUCCUUACGUUUGAUCGUACAGUACACUUUUAUAACUUGUCGUCGAGUUUAUCGCAAGCCCAAAUGCUUGUCGUGUCCGAUAUUGAUGAUAUGUUUAUACCUUUGCAACAUGGCUUCCUCGUUGAUCCUGCUGAAUCAGCAUCCGUUAUUACCGAUUUGCUGCAAAGCAUACCCCACAUGUACAAAGACAACAUGCGACCAGAAUCCGUAUUUACUUCUGCCGUGCGAGGUGCAUUGACAGCUUUGAAUAAUACGGGUGGACAAGUAUUCGUUUUCCAAUCAUGCCUUCCCAACCACGGUGCCGACAUGUUACGACCAAGAGAAGAUAAAUCGCUAUACAACACCGACAAGGAAAAGCAAUUGUUCAAUUCGCAAAAUGACACUUACAAGGCAUUGGGUGAUGCAUGUGUUGAUAAAGCCGUGUGUGUUCACACAUGGCUCCUUCCUUCUCAAAAUGUCGAUGUGGCGACUCUUGGUGUGGUGUCAACAAUGACGGGUGGCGAUGUGCGAUAUUAUCCCAACUUUAAUGGCAACAACGAGAGCAACAAGAUUGCAUAUCAACUCGACCACGAUGUUCAUCGUGAGACUGGUUACGAUGGUGUUGUACGCAUUCGAUGUUCUGAUGGCUUACAAGUGAUCGAUCAUUACGGCAAUUGUCGCAUGAGCACCUAUACCGAUAUGGAUCUUGCUGGUAUCGAUGAAGAUAAAGCAUUCGCUGCGGUUCUUAAGCACGAUAGCAAGCUUGACUUUUCUCGCAACGUAUGCUUCCAAUGUGCUAUGCUAUAUACCACAAAAACUGGCGAGCGUCGUGUUCGUGUUCACAAUCUCAGCCUUACUGCUACGAAUCAAAUUGCUGAUGUUUUCCGUACCGGUGAUGUGGAUGCAACUAUCAGCGUCAUGGCAAGAAAAGCUAUCUUCGAUUCCAAGCAUAAGAGCCGGCGAGAUGUUCACAAAAAGCUGACCGAUGAUUGUGUGGCUAUUUUGACGGCGUAUCGAACGAAUUGUGCUGCAACAACAUCCGCUGGUCAACUCAUUUUACCCGAGGCAUUCAAGCUCUUGCCCAUAUACGCACACGGUUUAAUGCGUUCGCAGGCACUUCGUGGAGUGGGAGUGGAUGUCAAUUCAGACGUCAGGGUUGCAUCCAUGAUGCUUUUCAAUGGAUUAGGGGUCUAUGAAUUAGUCUCAACACUUUAUCCACGAAUGAUUCCAGUCACCAACAUGCCUGAAGAUUGUGGUGUUAUCGACUUGAAAGGACAUGUCAAAUUACCACCCAUGAUACGCACAUCCUAUGAACGAUUAGAUAGCAAGGGGGCAUAUCUACUUGACACCGGUUCAGAUCUCUACUUUUGGCUCGGCAAUAGAGUUUCUAGCGAAUUCAUCCAACAUGUAUUUGGUGUACACACUCUUGAUGAAGUGGACGUCAACAUGGCCUUACUACCAUUGCUGGACAACCCGCUCUCUGAAAAGAUCCAUGAUAUCGUGAGACAAUUACAGUCUGAACGAUCGCGUUACCUUCAGCUCCGCAUUGUUCGGCAGGAUAUGGAUCCACAGGAGUUUGUCUUUUCUACAUGGAUGGCAGAGGAUCGUAAUGCCGAGGUUCAAACAUACGUCGACUACAUGUGCGUGCUGCAUCGAAAGAUCCAGGAUGAGAUGAAGAAAAACAGUAAUUAUUAA